GGAACAGCCACUGUUUUACGACAGUUCGACAUCAUUUCCGGCACAAACAUAGCUUGGCGUCGAAAACAUGACAGGUCAAAAGUUAUGGUCCUAAUAUUCAACAUAAACGGAACGUGACACACAGACAUGGCCAGUUCCCUGGCGGCAGUGGGACUGGCUCUGGCAGCGGCUGGAUUUGCAGGCCGCUAUGCCAUGCAGGCUAUAAAGCAGAUGGAGCCUCAGAUGAAACAAGCCCUUCAGAGCUUCCCCACGACGGCUUUUGGAGGAGGGUACUAUAGAGGUGGAUUUGAUCCAAAGAUGAACAAGAGAGAAGCUUGCCUGGUUUUAGGUGUCAGUCCCACAGCCAACAAGAAUAAGAUCAGAGAAGCCCACAGAAAACUGAUGAUCCUGAACCAUCCAGACAGAGGUGGAUCUCCCUACCUUGCAGCAAAGAUAAAUGAAGCAAAGGAUUUCAUGGACGGCCAGACAAAGAAAUAGAAGUGAAGACACUGGUGACUUCACACUGAUCUUAUCCAUGGUGUUGCACUGACUUACUUGAUAAAAUACCGGACUUUUCUAAGGGAGUGUUCUCAAAUAAAAUGACACUGUACAAAAA